AUGCCGGCCAAGAGGAACCCUACAAGCUCCACUGUGACCGUCACCACUGGAGUUGGUGGAAUGAAGACAAGGCGUAGUACCGUUCAGGACACCGCCGACGACGAUGAUAACGUCGAUGAUCGCGGCCAAUCCACUGACAAGAAUGAACCGGUACCACCUGCCGACGUUCAUGAUGACGCCGGUGACCCGUCUCGUGAGGCUGAUCCCUCGCGAUCGGGCAGAUCAGAGCGCGAUGGUGUCGUCGAUACGCCGGGCGACCGUGAUGCUCGCACGGGCGCUGCAGACGACAACACGGUCGGUGAUCAGCACCGUGUACCUGAUACUAACAUGGAUGAGCCGCAGCUCAGCCAGUUAUGGAACGACACGGAGGACCUCCUUGCUGCCAUAAAGGUGAGGUUCAAUGAGUCCGACGUAUCCUACCAGCAGGCCAUCAGCUAUGCUAAUCGGGCCACCCGUGAGGCCAAUGCUACCCGCGCUAGAGCCGUGAACGCUCAAAGGGACUUUGAGGAGGCGAUUGGUAAGAUUCGCUCCUCCAUACUCCGCAUUAAGAAGCGGGAGAACCCCGAGAUUGACGACUUAGAGACCCCGCUACGCGAGUUUUCAUCUCGCGCGGCAGACGAGGCAACUCAUCAGUCGAGGCCGCCCGUUGGCGUUGAAGGCGAUCGGCCGCAGUCUCCGCCGAUCAACUCGGACGACUAUGUCGAGAGGUCGCUCGACAUGCUGUUCCGGCCCCGCGACCGAAACGAGACGGAUGUCAUGUACAAUCUUCGUCUCGAUGGCCAAACCCGCUUUUUGGAUGCGCGUGGGGCAGAACAACGGCGUCGAGAGCGCGAGGCCCGCAUCAACGAGACCUGGCAGCAGGCCGAGUCCCGCGUAGACAUGCGUGCGCGUUGGGGUAGUGCGAUGCCCUUCGCCACGCUGCGCACCGCAUUUGGUGAUGCACCGCCGCCGGAACCACCUGGUGGUGGUGGUGGUAACAACAACCCGCCGCGUCGUGGAGGUUUGCCCGCGCGUGGUCGCGGACCACACUCCUCCGGUCGGGGAUUCCGUUCUGGUGGAUUCCCUGGUGGAGGCGGUGAUGGCGGUCCUCCGGAUGGCGAUGGCGACUCGAGUCCGCAUGGUAGCGGCUCGGAUGGAGAUGACGGAGAUGAUGACGAGAGCUCCGAGAGGCCGUCUGUCCGUAAUCUUGACAGGCAUGCAACACGGAGUCCCAGCUACUUACAGGGUAGACAUAGCAUGCCCCGUGGUAGUGUACCUCGUCAGCAACAACAGCCACAGCCGGGAUAUACGUUACCCGCUGUUGACGCCCAGUGA